GCCUGUGGUUGGGGAGCCCCAGGUUCUAGGCUUGCCCUCGCGCCCCGGCCUCCGCCUCCUCCAGGUCCCUUCCCACCUCCGCCCACUUGACGCGAUGACGCACGGCAGGUUUGCGGACGUGGCGGCGGCGCACGGCACGAAAGGCCGAGACGUUGGCUGCGGCGGUGACGGUCGACAGGGGCAGCCAAAAACGGAGGCUCGGCCAUGAACUGGCCCGGGACGGCAGCCCCGGCGGCGGCGGCGGCGGCGGCGGACCUGGUAGCCGUCUCCUCGUUGAGUCCCGCCUGCUAACGGGACAGAUUUUGACAUUAUGGCAGGGAGGCAUCAGAAUCGUAGUUUUCCUCUUCCAGGAGUUCAUUCAAGUGGUCAAGUACAUGCGUUUGGAAAUUGUACAGACAAUGAUACGUUGGAGGAGGAUGCUGAAGUGUAUGAGCUUCGAUCCAGAGGAAAAGAAAAAAUCCGAAGAAGUACAUCAAAAGAUAGACUUGAUGACAUUAUAGUAUUAACAAAAGAUAUACAGGAAGGAGACACUUUAAAUGCAAUAGCCCUUCAGUACUGUUGUACGGUAGCAGAUAUAAAGAGGGUUAACAAUCUCAUCAGUGAUCAAGACUUUUUUGCCCUUAGGUCUAUCAAAAUUCCAGUAAAAAAGUUUAGUUCAUUGACUGAAACACUUUAUCCUCCAAAAGGAAGACAGACUUCACGUCCUUCAUCUGUUCAAUACCUUUCAGAACAACAGCAAGUUUUGUCAGCUAAUGAUUCUCUUUCUUCCAGUGAGUCAGCUGGUAGCUUUUUAAAAGAAGUAGACCGAGACAUAGAACAAAUAGUAAAAUGUACAGACACCAAAAGAGAGAACCUUAAUGAGGUGGUGUCUGCCUUGACAGCACAACAAGUACGUUUUGAACCUGAUAACAAAAACAUUCAACGUAAAGAUCCUUAUUAUGGAGCAGACUGGGGAAUAGGGUGGUGGACAGCUGUAGUGAUAAUGUUGAUAGUAGGCAUAAUAACGCCAGUAUUUUAUUUGCUGUAUUAUGAAAUUUUAGCUAAAGUGGAUGUUAGUCACCAUUCAACAGUGGAUUCUUCACGUUUGCAUUCAGAAGUCACACCCCCAUCACAGCAGAGAGAAAUGGAAAAUGAAAUUGCUCCAACUAAAGGAAUACCCUUUGGCCCACAAGAUGACCAUAAGUUUUAUAGUCAAUAUUCUCAGUUACCUGCUGCUCAACACAAAACAUAGCAGUUAGUUCAGUUACAGUGUUAGCGAUCACAUGUGUAUCUGGAAUGUGGUGGGUGAAUCAGUUAUAUUAAAUAACCACUUCAAAGGCAGAAUUUAGGGAGAUAGAAGAUGCUUUGUUUUUCACCUUUUUUGUUUGUUUGUUUUUUGGAGCCAUUUACAAAUGGAUUGAGUAUAAAAUCCCUACAGUUGCUAGUUGAUACUGAAAGCAGUAAAUCUGUAUAUCUGUUAUAUCAAUGCUUAAAGCAGAAAUGAAUUUAAAUAUGUGUCUCAGAAGUUCCUGGAAAAUGCAUUUUUUCUUAUUCAAGACUGGUUAUGUUCAAAUUUUAUUUUUUAAGCAAUUGUUUUUGGUUUGAGGUUAUUAAUAGUAAAUUCAUUAAGCAGAAUAAUGAUAGCAUCAGAUGUCUGCAACUGAAGAAAAUUUAUUACUAACCAUCAAAAUAUUUAGUUGCAGAAAAGUUUGAUUCUAAAAUUAUUUGAUAGGACUUACUUAAAAUUUCAUUUCGAAACUUAAAAAAAACCCCACAUUUAGUACAUACGCUAUGAAAACAUAAGUAGAACAGAAAGGGGAAAGAAAUGUAUAAUGUCUGUAAUAGAAGCUGAGAUAUAUUAUUAUUUUUAAGCCCCCAAAUUAAUGUGUUACUGUUGGGAAGUUGCCAUUUGGUCACUAGAACACUGGAUUUUGUCAGGACCUAAAAGUUAUCUUUGUCUCUUAAAGAAUGCUGCCUCUGCUUCUGUUUUUUAAGUGAUUAUAUUUGCCUCUGAUAUUUGAAAGCACUUUUGUUGUUCUUUGAUGAAAAGUGUUAUACAUGUACAGAUUAGCAUUAAUUCGGAAAUAUUUCCUUACAUACUGUGAUAAAUUGUUGCUGUGUUACAUGUAAGAACAUGCCUUAAUUACAUUUAAUGCCUUAUAAUACUUUAUGUAAACUAGUAUAAUUUUUAGAAUUAAAAUUAAGCAUUGUUUCAGAUGGUCCGAUAGGAUUCAUAACAUAGGCUGUAUAAAUUUGUCUCCACCUUCACUGUCAGGCACAAGUUAAUGGGAUCAUAACAUUUUCGUUGUCUGUCUCUGAGGUCUGUUGCAGAAAAGCAAGGGUAAAGAGGCCUUUUGCAUUAGCAAAAACAGACAAAUUGCUUUGUAUAUUGAUCCCUUAACCUCUGUUUUUCAAAGAGAAAAUGUUCAACUUAGGUCUUUUUUCCCUGAACUAGAGCAUCAAAUUGGGGAAGAGAGGCCAAAGGUGUAUAUGGAUUGGUCAAAAGAGUGCCACUUUUAAGAUCUGUUGUGGAUCAGAGUCUGGCUAAAUAAGCAUUGGCAUACUGAUUCCAUCAUUUAGUUUUUAAAAGUAUGUGUUUUUAAAAUGCUAUCAAAAUGAUUCAUUUGGUGGAGGCUGGCUUGCCUGUUUGUGUAUAAUAAAGUAUGUACUUUAAGAUAUAUUACACCACCUCAUUUUCUGGGCAUUAUUUCCUAACUUUUAAUGUUUCACCUUUUUGACCAGUCAUUUUAUAUUUCAAACUUCAGUCUUUUUUUUUUUUUUUUUUUUUUUUGUGGUACGCGGGCCUUUCACUGUUGUGGCCUCUCCCGUUGCGGAGCACAGGCUCCGGACGCGCAGGCUCAGCCGCCUCGCGGCACGCGGGAUCUUCCCAGACCGGGGCACGAACCCGUGUCCCCUGCAUUGGCAGGCGGAUUCUCAACCACUGCACCACCAGGGAAGCCCCAAACUUCAGUCUUGAUACAAAAUGGGGUGAAUAAAUAUAUAUAUACUUAAUGAGGCUUAAUGUACUUUCAGGAGCAGUAUAUCAUAGAAAGACAGGACAAAGAUGUCAAACAUGAAAGCCCUUGCAUGUAUUAGAGGGCCUUAGACAAUUACCAAAAAGUGUUAAUAUGGAAGUUUGUAGCAAAUUGAUUUUUUGAGUUAACUCUAUUAGUUUAAGAUUUAAAAAAUUGUUUUAAUGUGCUUUGGGCAUCUUGAGAAAAGUAUGAUCUUUCUAAUUUAUGCUCAGUGUUAACUUGGUUAGUUUACUUUGUAUUUAUUAAUAAGCCUACUGAAAAUCAAGUUUCAAGAAAGAAAAUACACAUUGUUUUAGGAUAGAAUGGGCUAGAUGUCCUUUGAGGAACUUUGUUUACAUCAAAUUGAUGAAAUUACGGAGUCAGGGAUUCCUUUUUGCUAGCGGUACUUUGAAAUUGUGAUAGAUAAGUCUGAUUUAUAAAAUAAGUAACUUUUUUAAAAGUAAUGAGGUAUACUAUGUACUUGAUUUAAAACCUUUUCUGUCUUGCAGAGUGUCCUAUUCCUUGAAGGCAGUAUAACAUAUCCUUAUGACACAGGCAGUUUCCUUUGUCCAUAUAUUUGAAUUACAUUGGGUUGGCCAAAAAGUUUGUUCAGGUUUUUCCAUAGCAUUUUACAGAAAAACCAGAGGGAACUUUUUGGCCAACCCAAUAUAUUUUUUUACUUAAUUGAAUAUAAUUUGAAUUACAUAUAAUUCUAUAUAUAUGUAUAACAUAUAUAGAAUUCUGUGUUAUAUAUAUAGAAUUCUAGAUUCUAAUCCUUAAUUGUCAUUUGUAAAAGAAAAAUUUCCUAAGCAUUUAAUAGAUUUAGAAUAAUUUUAGCUUUUAAAAAGUACUAAUACAUCAAAAUUUGUAACAAAUGCAGAUUACUUUGUAAAACUUAAUAAAACAAGAAAAGUUAUUUGAUAUUGUGGCUUUUGAGUUGAAACCCUUAUUUGAAUUUACUUUGAGGCUUUACAUUAGUAUGUACACACAUACACACACACACACACACACACAUACAUGCAGAUGUAAAAGUAACGGAACUGUGAAUCAUUGCAUUUGGUUCACUUAAAAAGUUGGAGUUGCAGGUGAAGAAAAACCUAUUUUUAAAAAGGGUAGAUUCUUUCUUAAAGUCUGGGUACAAAUGGUUAAGAUUGUUUCAAACUAAUGGAUGCUAUUUAAAUUAAAUAUUUUUUGCCAUCGUAUUCCUAGAAAAUUAUAGGAUUCAUGUCCCCAAAAGAUAUAUUAAGAUCAAGUUAUAGAGUCUGGUGGCCACGUUAAGAAUUAGAAGACUUAAUUUCUCCAAAGACUUUUUGUUUUUUAAAGCUAUCUUUUUAUGGACUCUACUUACUUGUUCAGUGGCCUGAAGAGUUCUUUAAAUGAACCACUAUUUAGUCAUUAGUUCUUUUUAAAGGUAUCUACUACUAAAAUUACCUACUUGGGAAUAUGAAGGAUACAGUUAGAGUUUUAGAAAUAUCUUGAAACAAAGAUCCAGGCAAAGUGUUACAGAGUAAAGGUGUAGUUUUUAGGAGUCUGUAUUUAAAUGGUACAUUAUGAUGGGAAUCAUUCUUAUUUUGAAUUACAAAGUUGCUCAGGAAAUCAAUAUUUUUCUUCCAAGUAUGUGCAUAUUGCACUGUUAGAUCAUAGAAAUCUGAUGCUUUAUUUAAUUCUUUUUAUGUAUGCAAAUUAUAUAAAUCUUUUGUAUAAUGUAUUUUAUACAGAUGCAGCAUGGAAUUGUAGAAUGUUAUGUUAGCAUGUACAUCUGUAAAACUGGUUUUUAAAACUUGCCCCUCAUUUUUCAUAUUUUAAAAGAUCUGCAAAAUGUAAUAAAGUUUCUAUUUUAUUCAAUCGAAAAUGGAAUCUGGUUAAUUUAAUUGAAUAAAGCAAACCUUUUCUCCUCCUCUAACUAUUAGAGAUAUUAUGUAAGAUAGACUGACUUGCCAAAGAUUUACCAAUUCAGAUUCCCCCUUGUUAUACUGAACAAAAUACACUGGAUUAUUUAUAGUACACAAGUGAAAGGAAAUGAAAACAAAUUUCAGAUGAAUGUUAUUUGGGGGGGAUCUCUGAUCUCAUGGAAGGCUUCAUGAGACAUGGUCCACACCUUGGCAAAUUACAGACUGGUCGUGUAACAAUAUGCUCUAU